AUUGCUAACUAACAACAAUUUUUGUUCAAUGGGGUUUCAGCAAGAGAACUGCAAGAAGGAAACAAAAAAUUGUACCACCGGAGAUACGGAUAUUAUCAUCGUCGGAGCCGGAGUUGCCGGUUCUGCUCUUGCUUACACUCUUGGAAAGGAUGGUUGGCGAGUGCAUGUAAUAGAGAGAGAUUUGAGUGAGCCGGACAGAAUUGUUGGUGAAUUUCUACACCCAGUGGGCUACCUGAAGUUAAUCGAGUUGGGUCUUGAAGAUUGUGUAAAUGAGAUUGAUGCCCAAAGGGUGUUUGGUUAUGUCUUUUACAAGGAUGGAAAAUCUAUCAAGGUUCCUUAUCCCCUGAAAUUUCAGUCUGAUGUGUCCGGAAUAACUCUUAACAAUGGACGUUUUGUUCAAAGGAUGAGGGAGAAAGCUAAAUCUCUUCCCAAUGUAAGACUCGAACAAGGAACAGUAACCUCUCUACUUGAAGAGAAGGGGACUGUAAAGGGAGUGAUAUACAAAACUAAGUUUGCUAAAGAGAACACAGCCUAUGCUCCCCUAACAAUAGUAUGUGAUGGUUGUUUCUCAAAUUUGCGGCGCUAUUUCUGUAAUCUUAAGGUUGACAUCCCCUCUUGUUCUGUUGGUUUUGUUCUAGAGAGAUGUGAGCUUCCAAUACCGAAUUAUGGGCAUAUUAUAUUUGCAGAUCCUUCAUCCAUGGCAUUUUAUUCCAUCAGCAGUACCAAGAUUCGUUGCUUGGUUGAUGUACCUGGCCAAAAAUUGCCUGAUGUCUCCAACGGUCAAAUGACCCAUUUCUUGAGAACUGUGGCAGCUCCCCAGGUUCCCCCAGAGUUGCAUGCUGCUUUUAUUGCUGCAAUUGAUAAAGGGAACAUAAGAACUAUGCCAAAUAGAAUAAUGCCUGCAGCAGCUAACCCCACUCCUGGUGCGUUGUUGAUGGGAGAUGCAUUCAAUUCACGACAUUCUAUAAUUGCUGGAGGAAUGGCUGUGGCACUUUCUGACAUUGUUCUACUAAGGGAUCUUCUAAGACCUCUUCACAAUCUGAACGACGCAUCUUCUGUUUGCCGAUAUCUAGAAUCCUUUUAUUUACUGCGUAAGCCAGUUGCAUCUACAAUAAAUACUAUAGCCGGUGCCCUAUACAAGGUGUAUGGUGCAUCACCUGAUCCAAUAAGGAAGGAAAUACAGCAAUUAUGUUUUGACUAUCUGAGCCUUGGAAGCAUGUUUUCAUCUGGACCAGUGACUCUAUUCUCUGGUCCAAGCCCCCCCUGGAUGAUAGUGCUUUGUUCAUUUGCUGUUGGAAUUUAUGGUGUUGGGCGCUUAUUACUUCCAUUUCCUUCACCAAAACGUGUGUGGAUUGCAGCUAGAAUGAUUUUGUUGGGAUUAAGCAUCGUUAUCCCCAUCAUAAAGGCCGAAGGAGUGAGACAGAUGUUUUUCCCUGUAACCGUGCCAGCAUAUUACCGAGCUCCUCCUGUUAAUGAAGAUCCCUAACAAGAUUAGUACGAGAGACAUGUGAAAGGACUGCAAAAACAAGCUAAUCCAUUUACCAAAUUUAAGAAAUAAAAUGUAAAAUGAUAUUGUUAUUAAUAAUUUACAUAUGUUAUGCUUGUAAUUUACACUAUAUAUAUUUGUUAAUUAUCAUAAUUGAUAGAUUUGAUGCUUCGCCUCUUCGGCCCUGCCUACCAAUAUUUGAUUUUC